UUGCUACAUCCAGUCGAAACCGGUCAAAUACGAGUUUGCAGGAAUUUGACCGGAAUGUAAACAUUGCUCUGGACUCGGUAAGGAUUUUGGUUUGGUUUAAACCUACCGGAUCACGCACAGUUAUGGCCUCCAGUUGUGGAAUUGGUCUGUUCUACUGACUAACCGCCGUAUACUUGACCGUGUCCUGCUUAGCCGUCGGUGUGUAGCUUCCUGUUCGAUUGACCAUCAUGACCAAGGACAUCCUUGUUGGAGAUGAGUUACCUGACUGGGUGGGAGCUAAAGAGUUUUACCAGAAGUACGACCCCAAAGAAGUGAUCGGAAGGGGUGUGAGCAGCGUGGUGAGAAGAUGUGUGCACAGACACACUGGUCAGGAGCUGGCAGUGAAGAUUAUUGAGAUCACAGCGGAGAAGAUGACAGUUCAGCAGCUGGAGGAGGUGAAGACCUCCACGCUGAAAGAGAUCCAAGUUCUCAACAUGGUGAAGGGGCAUUCCUCCAUCAUUACCCUCAUUGAUUCCUAUGAGUCCACUACCUUCAUAUUUUUAGUGUUUGACCUCAUGAGGAGAGGGGAGCUGUUUGAUUACCUAACAGAGAAAGUUACUCUGAGUGAGAAGGAGACAAGGAGCAUAAUGCGAGCGCUGCUGGAAGCUGUUCUCUACCUGCACUCCCUCAACAUUGUUCACCGGGAUCUGAAACCUGAGAACAUCCUCCUUGACGAUCAAGGCCACAUUAAACUCUCUGACUUUGGGUUCUCUGUGCAGCUGCAGCCCGGAGAGAAGCUCAGAGAGCUCUGCGGAACACCAGGCUAUUUGGCCCCGGAAAUACUGAAAUGUUCCAUGGAUGAGAUGCACCCAGGCUAUGGAAAGGAGGUGGACCUCUGGGCUUGCGGGGUCAUCCUUUUCACGCUACUGGCUGGCUCUCCUCCCUUCUGGCACCGCAAACAGAUGCUAAUGCUGAGGAUGAUCAUGGAGGGCCGCUAUCAGUUCAGCUCCCCAGAAUGGGACGACAGAUCUGACACUGUGAAAGACCUGAUAUCCAGGCUGCUGGUGGUAGAUCCUGCCUCCAGGCUUACUGCAGAACAAGCCUUAGCGCAUCCCUUCUUCAGGCUGUAUCAGAAGGAGGACGUCCGUCUCUUUAGCCCAAGAAAGACAUUCAGGGUGUUGAUAGUGAGCGUGCUGGCCUGUAUCAGGAUGUACAGCCGGUACCGCAGGGCCCGGCCUCUCACCCGGGAGGUACUGGCCAGAGACCCGUACUCCCUGCGCGGCGUUCGCAAACUCAUAGAUGGCUGCGCCUUCCGUAUCUACGGCCACUGGGUGAAGAAGGGAGAGCAGCAGAACCGGGCAGCUCUGUUCCAGAACACAGCUAAGAUCGUGCUGCUGGGCCUGGAGGACUUUGAGACGUAAAAAUGAUUCCACCUAAUUCCCGAGCCUGUUUAUUUUUAUUUUAUUUUAUUUUAUUUAACCAUGUGCAUGUGCUGUCACAUCGUGUCAGUAUUCGUCCAGCUGUGUUACUGUUUAAUUCUAUGUGCAAUUCAGGGAUCAGGAGAUAUCGUGUGUCUCAAAGCACACUGAGGCACGUUGCAGAUUCAAGAUGUGCUGAUAUUCCUUAUCUGUGUUGAUUGGAAACUUUUUUUUUUUUUUGUGAGGUCAACAUGUUUGCAACGCACUUUGUAGUGGAGGACAUAUUGCACAAUAAUCUGAUAAAUCUUCUGAGUGAAGAGGGAUAUUUAGACUUUUAACUGCUAAUCAUUUAUUGUAAUGAUGCAUUUCCAAGCCCUGCACGAGUAAAUUGGAAAUAAGCAUUGAGAUUAGUUAUUUUUAUAGACACAUAUUGUUUUAAUGCUCAAAUGAAAGUCUCUUCCAGAGUAUAACGGUACUGUAGGAUGUGUGUGAGAACAUUCGAUGUAAUGGGAGUGCGUAGCUGUCGUUGUAAUGCAUGCAUUCCUCAAGAAAAUAACCACUUCCACUGACUGUAAAAACUAGGAGCAGCAUUUCCGACUCACUUCCUUCUUUGCUCUGAUAAUUAACAUUUCCAUAUCAAGUGCCUGCUUGAGAAAUGUACGGCAGUUUAAGUGCAGAAUGAAUCACACUGUAAGUGCAUACAGAUGUUUUACUGACAAUAAAACAGAUGUUUAAAUUGUCUUAUUUAACAUUAUAGCCGGU